GCCUUUUUUAUGAUAUUUGACUGUUUUAGAGAGGCCGUUUCUACACGUAGCACGUGUUUAGAUAUUGUUUAUUGUGUUAACGUUACAUUGUAGCGUGUGUUUGUUUCGUUUCUUUUGUGAAUUGAGUCAGUUAGCGGUUAAAGCGCUGAAUCUCGGUGUGAAUCUCAGCAGCUGCUGCUGUUGCUGGAUGAACUCGUAGCUUUAAGCUAGCAGCCCUAACAACCCUCAAAAACACAGGGUCUCCAGGGCAGAAUACACACAGCUGCAGGAAUCAUGGGAGCUGUAUUCCUGCCAGCAGACACGGCGCACGCCGUGCUGAGGAGGCUCCCGAGGGCGAACUUCUUCCUGGAGGAGAUGAAGCAGGGCAACAUCCAGCGGGAGUGCAAGGAGGAGGUCUGCAACUAUGAAGAGGCCAGGGAAGCUUUCGAAAACGACGAGAAAACGAGGCGGUUCUGGGAGGAGUAUCAGCGCGAGAGCAGCCCCAGACCGGGCGGACUGGAGUCCAUCGCGGGCGGAGUCAACUCCCUCUACCUGAUCCUCCCUCUGCUGCUGGUGGUUCUCCUCAUCGCUGCGAUCUCCAUCACGGUGUGGAGGUGUCACUCACGCAAGCGGUCCCAGCGCAGCCCCGCUAUGGGCCGACCCCUGAGAGACCCCUCCCUCGCGGUGGUGUCUAUGGACCAGUGGGGGCGGGACUACCAGCCUGACAUCAGCCCUCAUUCGGAAAUCAGCGCCCACAGUAGCCCCGCCUACCCGGGCGCUGACAUCACGCCUGGGCGUGGCGGCGGUGCGGACUUGCCCCCGUCUUACGAGGAGGCUGUGGGUCACAUGGACAUACACAUGGAGGAGGCGCCGCCGCAGUAUGACGAUAUUGUCAAUAACCCUGCCAGCAGCAUUGUGAUUGGCCAGGGGAAGUGAGAGGUCACAAGACGAGUCAAGAAACAAGAUUUAUUCUAAGGUUUCAUCCAGAGCCGGAUUAUGGAGAGGCUGCCAACUUCCUGUUUCCCUCGUUAUACAGAAAAUGACUGCAAAGCACUAGAGGGCGUAAGCGAGUGACUCCUCAAUGAAUGAGAGUGAAUGGAGCUAAAUGCUAAAGCUAAAAAAGCUUAAAAAAAAGCUUAAAACUCUAAUUUAAAUUCAAAAUAAAAAAUUAAUUUAAACUCCUGGUCCAGAAUAUUCUGAUUGGUUUGAUGUUGAAACUGAUGCUAAAAUUACAGUCAGAGCACAUUAAAAGGCUUAUAACAUAUAACGCCCGGCGCCACCUUUGAGCGGGAUGGGGAGAGAGCGCCAUCUACCUACCCGGAGGGAGCAAGGCUAAUUUUGCUCCCUCUGGGCGCCGGCAGCUGAUAGCAAAGCUACAUGAACGGGAUUCGAACCUGCGACCCCCGUUCAUAGUGGCAGCGCAUUAGACUGCUGGACCACUUGGCGCCCCUAAAAAUAAGAUUUUGCUUAAUUGCUCCAUUUGAAUCCAUUCAUUUUGCACUCACUCAUGAGCGCCCUCUAGUGUCUGACAAAUCUGGAACACAUUCUCAACUGGGUAUUCUCCUCUACAGAAGUUCUUUGUUUUUUUCCAAUUCCAUCAAUACUCCUGUUCUUCAUCUUCCUGCGACUGUUCCUCACACCCUGCUUAAACUCAACCAGCUGUACCAGUGAAUUCCAGCUGAUUCACAGUUUUGAUCACCAGUAAAACCACAAUGAGGAAGCUUCUAGAACUCCCGGAGUCACAUUUGAAACUGCGGUAAAAAAAAAAUCCAGCGCAUCCUGAUAGUAACAAGGAGUCUAUAAACAGCAGCAGUGAACAGCCAGCCAGCAAACGCUACGCCCACUGUUCCUCAAAACAUAAUGGCUUACGCUGUUUUAGUCAGCGUAGCGAUGUACUCACGCA